AUGAUUGAGUCCCAAAGGUUGCAUGAGAUUAGAAUGAAGCAACGUACAAUUAGAGGAGAAGUCCUUCAAGGAAUAGAGGAGGCUAUGCGUCGUGGCGAUGACGAAGCUUCUUCAAUUGGGACACGAAUCAUUUUGCCUUCUUCUUUCACUGGUGGUAGACGUUAUAUGUUUAACCGUUGUCAGGAUGCCAUGACAGUUUGUAAACAUUUUGGCUAUCCAGAUUUAUUUCUCACUAUUACGUGUAAUCCAAAUUGGCCUGAAUUUCAGCGGUUUUCAGAGCGAGAGCGAAUUCCCAUAGCUGAUCGUUCUGAUAUCUCUUGUCGUGUCUUUCAUGCCAAGUUGAAGUGCCUCCUUAGCGAUCUCAAGGAAGGUGUGUUUUUUGGUCCACUUAAUGCAACUCACAUAAAUCUUGAGUUCUGUAACAAGUCAAAUGUGAUUAAGUACUUUUUUAAGUAUGUCAAUAAGGGUCCAGAUCGGGUGACUUCAACUAUUGGAAAAAUAUAUGAUGUUCGUGAAUCUUCUCAGGUGGUUGAUGAGAUCAAACAGUAUUACGAUUGUCGUUAUUUGUCACCAUCUGAAUCCAUGUGGAGAAUUUUUGCUUAUGAUAUUCAUCAUAGAUGGCCGGCAGUACAGAGGUUGACUUUUCACUUGCCAAACCAGCAACAUGUUGUAUUCGAUGAUGCUGAUAUCACUACUCAUGUUUAUUUGCAGAACAAAAAUUUGCUGACGAUGUUUACGGGUUGGAUGAUGGCCAACAGGCGGUUCCCGGAGGGGAAGUCUUUAACAUAUGUUGAAUAUCCAGGCAAAUUUGUCUAUUGUUCGAAUAUCAGGGAGUGGAAGCCAAGACAGAGGGGAUUCUCAAUUGGAAGAUUAAGUUUUACUCAUCCCUCAUCUGGUGAACUUUUCUACAUGCAGAUGCUUUUGAAUGUGCAGAGAGAGGCAUGUUCUGCCAUGGGAUUCUUGAUAGAUGAUAAGGAGUAUGUUUCUGCUAUUAAGGAAGUCGCCGAGUUUGCGUCAGCUGCACAGCUAAGGAGGCUUUUUGUGAUGUUGUUGCUAUAUGGUUCCAUGGGAAGACCUCUGUCAGUUUGGGAACAAACUUGGACUUAUUUGUAUGAUGAUAUUCUUUAUCGCAGAAGACAUGAGCUACAAUAUCCUGAUCUAAGGAUGAGUCAGGACGAGUUGCAAGUAUUUUGUUUGUUGGAGAUUGAGAAACUAUUGCAGAGUAAUGGAAAAUCAUUGAGAAAUUAUGCUGGCAUGCCAGUUCCUAAUAACUCUUUAGUCUCUCAAUUUAGCAAUUUGAUGUUGUUGCGUGAGUUUCAGUAUGAUAUUGUUUCUUUGACUCGUGAGCACGAUGCAAAUGUCUCCAAGUUAAAUGAAGAACAGAUAGUGGUCUACGAUAAAAUUAUUGAUUGUGUUUCGAAUAAGAGAGUUUUGUCAGCUAGAUUGCGAUCUGAGAAAAAGAUUGUUAUAAACAUUGCUUCUAGUGGUAUUACUUCUCUGUUGUUACCUGGUGGUAAAAUGGCGCAUUCUAUGUUCAAUAUUCCUGUUGAGCUGACUGAAGACACUAUUUGUCGGAUUAAAAAGGAUAGUCCAAAAGCUGAGGUAGUCCUGUUGGCCGAUUUGAUUAUUUGGGAUGAGGCACCGAUGACUAACAAAUUAGCAUUUAAAGCUCUCGAUAGGACUUUACGGGAUAUAAUGGUUUCGAUCUCUAAUAGGAAUAAAGAUUUACCUUUUGGUGGGAAGGUGGUCGUUCUUGGUGGUGAUUUCAGGUUAGCAAGUGGAUUGGAACAAUCAACUGCUCAGGAGUUAAGGUCGUUUUUAGAUUGGAUACUUCAUAUCGGUGAAGGUCAUCUAUGUGGAACUCUGGUCAACGACAAACUUCUUGUUGAUAUUCCUUCUGAUCUAAUCAUUCCUGUUUUGGAAAACCCAGUGGAAGAUAUUGAUAGGGCAAUAUUGGCUCCGACUGUUGAGAAUAUUGAAGAGAUAAAUAAUUAUAUAGUUGAGUUAUUGCCUGGUGAGGAGAAAAAUUAUCUCAGUGCUGAUUUGAUAUGUGGUAGUGAUGCUUAUUCCGAUGUUGAAGUUGAUUGGAUAAAUGUUGAAUUCUUGAACCAGAUUAGGUGUUCUGGUCUACCUAAUCAUUCGUUAAAGUUGAAAAUAGGCGUGCCUAUUAUUUUGUUGAGGAAUGUUGAUCCAGUUGGGGUUUGUAUAAUGGGACUCGACUUGUUGUGCGAGAUCUAG